AUGCUCGCAGACUGGGCAAUCAGUGGUCCGAUGCAGCAAUGUUUAGAUAGCGCGGACCGCCAGCAAGCUUCGGUCCCACACGCACCAUCUAGUAACAUAACGCCAGCGUGCGCAGGCGAUGUCAGCACCGCAUUGGUCCAGUUCUGGAACCCCAGCGAGGAUCCGACAUCGGGGGGCGAAAGCGGGCUGCUGACGCUCGGCAGGCUUUUAGCCCUGGACAGCGCCCCGGCGCCGCAAAGCGCGACGGCCAAGUACCGCGGGUUCGUGGUGAAAAAGCGCAAGGCGAGCGCGCAGCUAGACGGCGGCAGCAAGGGCUCGGUGGUGGUGCCCUCUGGCCCCGGCGUCAUUGAGCCGCUGCUCGAGCCGCACGUCUUGGUGGGCGCGCAUGCGCAGCAGGACAUCGGUCUGCCAGCGACAUCGCUCACAGCGCGCGACAGCGAGUCGCUGUAUAUCAGGCGGUGGCACUACGAGCACCGGCUCGCAUCGUGUGCGCGGCACCAGGCGCGCGUGGCGGCAGGCGAAAUCGAGGAGACCGAGGAAGGAGAGGAGCGCGAGGACGGCGAAGACGAGGCGUCGGUGGCCGAUGAUCAGCUCGAAAGCUCCGAGGACUGGACCGACCCGGAUGCACAUACAGCCGAGACCGAGGAUGGGCUGCGACGCGCUUGCAUUUCGACCCGGCCGCUGGCGCUGCGGUGGUGGGCGCAGAUGCAGAUACGCCCGGUGGGCGCAUCAAAGGACGUGCGCUGGUGUGCGUUUGUCCCGCCAGCCGACGCAGCAAGCGACGCCAGUGGCUGGUGUGCCACAAGCAAGGCGGCGGUGGACGGGUUCCUGGGCGACGUCGAUACGGCAUACCAUGGCAUGCAUCUGGGAACCCACAGCCCGCUCGACCUGGCCGGCAUCCUCGAUGGGGUGUUCACGCAGCUGACGGAAGACAACAGCUCCAUGGGCCACGCAGAUCUGGCGCCGACCCAGUGGGCAGCGCGGCUCCGCUACGAGGCCAUGCGGCUCGGGCGCUGUGCUGCACAUAGCUGGUACACUACCUGCCAGCACCGCACACAGCGCACUGUAGCUCAAAAGGCAGCACCCGCGCCGUCGCUGGUUAUCUACAUGCUGGUGCCGUUUGCCCAGCAGCCCGAGUCAUGGGUGGCCAUGGCUGGCUGCGCGCAGCUGGCGGUCAGCGAGUUUGGCCGCUCCCUCAGCAGUCUGAUUGCUCGCACGACAGCGCGCGGCGUCCUGACAUCCACGUCAAUGGCCAGCGGACCAAGUGCCAUGGCCCACACUGGCUGUGUAUCCACUGCCUCUCGACCAAAUCACCGAAUGGCACAUGGCGGGACGCGACCCGCGGUGGCGCCCACUGCAUCUCCCUCAAUGGCCUCGCCGCCCAUGCCCGCAGUACUCAGCCGGCGGAGCAGCACAUCGGGGGCGACUUCCGGGCACAUGCUCAUUCGACACGCGGGGUUCUUUGAAUACUCUGCCUCUGACAAGCCAACAAUGCCCCGCGGGUUUGCCCACCAGGCGGCGAUUGUGUCGUCAGCAAGUUCCUUCCCUGCCGCCGACAGCGCCAUUGUGCCUGCAUCUAUUCCCGUCGCCCUAGCCAUGCAGCGCAGCGACAUUUCGGCCGAGGACUCGCACGCACUGCCGAAGAGCCAAAGUGCGCUGUCGAGCCUCUACCCGCAGCUGCCCUCGGAGAGUCCCCUGGGUGCCCGCCCCGUGAGCAGCUCCAGCGAAGCUGCCAAUGAACUGCCCGAGCGCGGCGAGUACGUCGACCACGCCGUGUUUGCCAAUCCUUCGCCCACCGUGUCUUCUGACGUGCAGCACAGGAUCUGGGACGGCUGCCUUAGGUUCCGCCGCUUGUUUGGCGGCCAGCUGCGCGUGGUCCUCUGCGAAUGGCGUGGCAUGUCUUUUGGCCAGGCAUCCUCCUGGCGCUCCUUCCUGGCUUCCAACGCCCAGCCAUUGGUUCCAUCCGUGCAUCUGGUGAGCGCUGGCGUGAAUCCGCGCACCGGCCUGUGCCUGUUCUCGUCAGCCGAGACCGCUGAGCAGGAUGCGGAGCCUAUGUGCCAGUCGCUUGUGCUGCAGUCGCAGGCGUAUGUGGAAUUUAAUGCACAGAAUGACCUGCUGCAUAGGCCGCGUGCUUUGCUGCCGACGGCUUACAUGAUCAUGCACCAGCGGCCUGCGCAUCUGCCUCUGCACUGUCUGUGCAUACAGGCGCUUGAUGCAGAUAAUGACCUGCUGACUGUCCGCGCGAUCGCGAAGCAGUUCCACCAACUGGCGGCCGUCCGCAGCCAGGGCGCUGCAUAUGCCCUGCCGCUGCACAUUGAUGCAGGUCAAUGCUGUGCGCGACGCCCUGCAAUUGGUCAUCUAGUAGAUAUCCGAUAUUAUCACGCUUGUUUUAUUUGUGGCAUAUAA